AUGAAUGCAAGAGGUUCUCAAACCAAUGCAUAUGGUUCUGAAAUGAAUUUAAGAGGGUAUGAAAUGAAUGCAAGAGGUUCUCAAAUGAAUGUGCAAAGAAGAAAGCUUCCUCAAGGUGUAUCGAGUUCUGUGAAUCUAUCUGCCUCUGCCUCUGUGAAUCCAACCGCUUAUGUCUUUGUGAAUCCAUCUGCUUAUGUGCAUCCAACUCCAAGCCAAGGUCCAAGACUGUUGGGAGUUAGCAGUAGUGCUCCAUGGAAAUGA